GCAGCCUCACUAUCUGCGCCUAAAGCCGAGGGCGCUCGCCUCUCAUCAUAGCCGCUUCGGAUACCUCGUAAUAUAAGCGGUGGUGCCUUCGUAUUUAUUGGGUCAUCGUUCCGCGAAGCACGCCCCUUACUGCUCAUUCGCAACAUGGCUGAUGAGACGGGCGGUAGUAGUAAUUUUGCGAGCAGAGGCGUCCAGAGGAAAGGAGCUCUAAGACAGAAAAACGUGUUUGUGGUGAAGGAUCAUAACUUUGUGCCGAGGUUUUUUAAGCAGCCGACAUUCUGCAGUCAUUGCAAAGAUUUUAUUUGGGGCUUUGGCAAACAGGGAUUCCAAUGCAAUGUGUGCUCUUUUGUUGUCCACAAACGAUGUCAUGAGUAUGUGUCCUUCCAGUGUCCUGGCGCUGACCACGGUCCAGACUCAGACAAGACCCAGAAGAGGCACAGGUUCAAGCUGCACACCUAUGGCAGUCCUACAUUCUGUGACCACUGUGGCUCCUUGCUGUAUGGCCUGCUGCACCAGGGACUCAAGUGUGACGCAUGUGAAAUGAAUGUUCACAAACGAUGUCAGAAGAACGUACCAAAACUUUGUGGUAUUGACCAUACGGAGAGACGAGGGAGAGUCCAUUGCAAGGUUGUGGUAGAAAAUGGAAUCUUGAGAGUAGAAGUAAGAGAAGCCAAGAAUCUAAUUCCAAUGGAUCCUAAUGGACUAGCAGAUCCCUAUGUGAAACUGAAGCUGAUACCGGAUGAAGAUAGCAAACACGACAAAGGAAAUAAGAAGAAGACAAAAACAGUCAAAUCUUCCCUCAAUCCUCAGUGGAAUGAAACAUUUACAUUUAAACUCAGAGAUGAUGAUUACGCGAAAAGAUUAUGUGUGGAAUUGUGGGAUUGGGAUCGCACAUCUCGAAACGAUUUCAUGGGAGCAAUGUCGUUUGGCAUAUCAGAGGUGGCCAAGGCCCCAGCGGAGGGCUGGUUUAAGCUGUUGAACCAAGAAGAAGGAGAGUUCUACAGUAUACCUGUGCCUGAUGAAUUGGGCGUACAUGUUCAAGAGUUGAGAAAGAAGUUAGAGAGGUCCCGUCUAGACGAACAAAAAGACUUUCAGUUGCCAGAAAUCCCUCAGAAUAAACAGGACAUCCCCAGGGCUUCAGAUUUUAAUUUCCUGAUGGUUCUUGGCAAGGGCAGUUUUGGCAAAGUAAUGUUAGCAGAGAGAAAAGGAACCGAUGAGCUAUAUGCUAUUAAAAUUCUGAAAAAAGAUGUGAUUAUUCAAGACGAUGACGUGGAAUGCACCAUGAUUGAAAAGCGGGUCUUAGCCAUGGCAAGCAAGCCUCCCUUUCUGGUGCAACUCCACUCUUGUUUCCAGACCAUGGACCGCCUUUAUUUUGUGAUGGAGUAUGUGAAUGGUGGGGAUCUUAUGUUUAGAAUACAACAAGAAGGCAAGUUUAAGGAGCCAGUUGCUGUUUUUUAUGCUGCAGAGAUAGCUAUUGGAUUAUUCUAUCUUCAUGGAAAGGGAGUGGUGUACAGAGAUCUAAAGCUGGACAAUGUGUUGUUGGACUGUGAAGGCCACAUAAAGAUAGCCGACUUUGGCAUGUGCAAGGACAAUAUGUUAAACGACAAGAUGACACGCACUUUCUGUGGAACUCCAGAUUAUAUAGCCCCAGAGAUUGUACUAUAUCAACCCUAUGGUAAAACUGUGGACUGGUGGGCAUAUGGUGUAUUGCUCUAUGAAAUGCUAGCUGGACAGCCUCCAUUUGAUGGAGAGGAUGAAGAGGAGCUAUUUACUGCAAUUACAGACCACAGCGUGACAUAUCCCCGGUCCAUGUCAAAGGAGUCGGUCUCCAUUUGCAAAGGAUUUCUGACCAAGAAUCCUGCCAAGCGACUCGGAUGUGGAGCCAAUGGUGAACGAGAGGUGAAAGAGCAUCCAUUUUACAGAUUUAUUGACUGGGAGAAAAUCAUCAACAGGGAAGUGCAACCACCGUAUAAACCAAAAAUUAAAGCCAAAAAAGAUGUCAGCAACUUUGACAAGGAAUUCACAAAGGAGACUGCCAAGUUGACGCCAACUGACAAGCUGUUCAUCAUGAACUUGGAUCAGACGGAAUUUGCAGGGUUUUCUUUCGUCAACCCAGAGUUUAUUGUCAAAGUGUGAAGGAAUGUUAUUGAAAAGAUGUCUGCCAAGAUUUGAUACUUUACCCUUUUUUCCUUUGGUGUGGUACAUAUUGGAGCAAGAUGUGGAUUAUUAUUAUUAAGUGUGCUUGAACCAAAAUUUGACUAUUGUUAAUUUUAGUCUUUUUUUUCUUAUUAUCUUCUUUUGGGGGGAGGGGGGGGAGCACUUAUGAAAAUGUUUCCUUUUGCCACUUACAGGAAUUGCUGCCUGAACUAGUUGAUAGAAGGUCAGGCAGUGACAUUUCUGUUACUUUUUCUGAAUACUUUCUACCUUUUCAUUCUGAUAUAUACCUUACUUAAAGUAACUUACAGUAUCUCAUAAUCUAUUUUACAUAUUUAAAAAAUGUGUAAUACAGGGUACGGCAGAUAUUCAGAAAGAGCAUUUUUUCCUAUUUUUAAGCAGAUUUUUUCACCAUUCAGAUUUUUUGUUUUAUUUGUAUUAUUGCCCUGAAAACUGAAAACCUGCAUAAUUAGAUCAUAUUAGAUGUGAAUACAGAAAAGGCUCACCAAGUGGAGAUCAGUGCUUUCUUCAGGUCUAUUUUUUUUCUUUUUGCUUGUAUAAUUGCUUGUAAAAUUUGAAAUUAGUAAUGAGUGAAAAAAUCUGCGAUAAUUCAAGUGAGCAUAAUAACACUUACAAACUAAUUUCUAGUAAUGAUGUGUAAGUAGCGAAAUAUGAAGAUGAAGAACAGUAACGUGUAUAAAUCAAACUCGGUGUUAAUACUCCUCUCUUCGUACAGUUUCUCUUAACAUGAUAAUUUAGUAUAAGAUAUACAGGUGUACACGUUUACUAUGUCGAAGCUUCCUAGAUGGGCACAUAAGUCAGAUGACUAGUGGUUUUUUAUAGGAAAUACUUGGCUUUGGUGCUUCUUAUUGUUAGAAUAUGCUGUGCAGUAUAACAUGCUGCAGAAUGACAAUUUGAUAAUUAAAUGAUGUGAAUGUCGCAUAUUACAGUUUUACUUAAUUGCCUGUACUUCUCAACCAAAUUGAUCUGCAUUGCUGUUUACAGUGGAUAGAAAAUUUGGAAAAAAAGUAUAAGAUAAUACCUCAAGCAGCUUUUUUUCUUGAAGGUCACAUUAAUGACCUUUUUGUAUGAUGAGAAUUGAGAAGUUUUAGGAAAAAAUGGAAGAAGGGUUAUUGUACUAAAGUGCUUUGUUGCAAAGAAAUACACAAUAUUUUAAUUAAUUUUUUUUCAUGUCAUCUGUAUCUUGGGUGGGCUGAAUUUUUGGGAAUAUUUACCUUUAGUCUUCAAGGGGAACCUGUGGUAUAUUGAAGAGCACAUGCCUUUGUAUAUUUUUGCUGAUAAUAUUUGUUUUUACAAUAGAAUGUCAACAUCAGUGUAAAAAAAUUACAGAAAAAAAAUUGUAAAUUAUCAAGUACUUCUAUAAAGUGCAAUUUAUAUUCCUAUAGAAUUUUGGGUAGUCUUUGUCAUCUUUUUUCAGAUAAGCAUAUUAUAUAUAACUGAAUACAGGAUUUGGGAAGAGUAGACCACAUUUUUUCAAGAGAUGUACAUGUACAAUUUACAACACCUUUAGGGCAACCUGGCCUCAAAUUAUCUUAUAUGCUAGUAUGUAUAAUCUACAUUUUAGAACCUUUUCUUCUUUUGGUUUAUAUUAUUAAACCAAAGUGGACAGUAAUGUGCAAUCACUAAAAUUUCACUUGGUGUAAAGAUGCAAUGUUGGAGCGGGCAGUUGUGGUUUUAUAUCUUAAGUGAAAAUUAAAAGAAAUAUCACACUCUGUGGACAUCAACACAAAAGACACAAACAUUAAAGACAUUUGAAAUCCUGUAUGCUGUCCCAGUGAGCAUUAACAGUCAGAAAAUAAUGUUUAUUCUUAGUGUGUAUUAUCCAUGUAUUAAUUUUUAUAGCUUGUGAUGUAUACUUAAUGUGUAUUUUUGCUCAUAUCUUUUGUAUGAACAUUGGAAGCUUGAGAUAGACCAUCAAAUGUUUAAACUUAAUGCCAAGCUUUGACUAUUCCUUAUCAUCAAACUGUGCAAGAAAAAAGUUUGAUGAUGUAGAUUAAGUUGGAAGGUCAAAUGUAAUCCACAAAGGUUGGCAAAAAUGUAAGUAGGUUGUCUUUAUAAAGUAAAAAGACUUUGAAUAUGAAAGAAAUUAAUGAUUACAUUUUUACAAACAAAUGUGUAAAUCUUAAGAAAUAUGUUGGUUAGGAAACGGUGAAUUUUAUUAAAGAACCAGAAAAUAUAUUAUAUAGAUGACAUGAAAUCCCAAUGUGUGGAUAAAGUCAGAAAUAACACUCAUGAAAGGAAGCUGUGUUCACUCUAGCACAAAUUUUGGAAAAAAAACUUUUGAACCAGAAUAUUGACUGAGCUACAAAUCAUAAGUCACAAUUUUUCAGCCAAAAUGUAUAAUUUUUAGACCUAAAUCAAUACGCUAAGUGUCACCUUGAAUCCAGAGAUAUGUAGGAUUUGUUCUUCUUCCAUUUAUCCAUUUCCAUAUUUCCAAUGUCUCGUUAUCUUAUGCAAGAAGUGGUACCUUGUGAUCCAGAGUGAGUAGGGCAGUCACUGGAGGGGGUACUAAGUUCUACAGAUCAUUAUUAACAGGUAUGGGGACUUAUUUUCUCAGUAUAUUGUCAUUUCUUUCCUGAUAUACUGAAGCCAUUAUUGUUAUAUGUUUAACUUUUUUUAAAACUUCAAUUGCAAAUAUAUGUCAUUAAACAU